GCUGCUAACCGGGCGAUCCAGUGCGGCGAGAUCGGCCACAUUGCCCGCAACUGCAGCAAGGGAGGCUCUUCCUUCGGCGGCGGCUACAACUCCGGCGGCUACGGCGGUGGCGGCGGCUAUGGCGGCGGCCAGAGGACCUGCUACUCGUGCGGCGGCAUCGGUCAUAUGUCCCGUGACUGCGUCAGCGGCAACAAGUGCUACAACUGCGGUGUUUCCGGCCACUUGUCGCGUGAAUGCCCCAAGGAGUCCACCGGCGGCGAGAAGAUCUGCUACAAGUGCCAGCAACCUGGCCAUGUCCAAUCUCAGUGCCCGAACAACUAAGGUGUCGACAUGUCGUCGAGCGCUUUCUUCUUACCCGCCCAGUUCUUCCGCCGCUUCAUUGACCUAUUGCAUUGCUCCUGUUCGACGAUCGGGUAGAAAGGGAGACAAGGAAGUUGACGACACGGGGUUGCGCCAUAAACUGCCUUUCUAGUGGACAGAUCUAGCGCUCGCGCGCCGGAGUUCCACGAGUUGUCUUGCUGGGUAUCUCGGUGGCCAUCUGGAUACCCUCUCAGUUGGCAUGUCCCUCGCCCAAAAUUUA